GCUUUUAAUGACCGCCGGACUUUGAGCUCCGACGAGCCCGGAGUGUUGUUUUUUUCCCUCCAGCGGUCGCCGUGCGCUCGCCAUGAAACUGCUGCUCUUCCUGACGCUUCUUCUCCUCGCCUGUGACGGCGCGGGCGCCGCGGAGUCGCGGGCCAAGCUGGCGGCGCUCCAGCCCUGGCUCAACGGCCUCACGGCGGUGACCGGCUUCCUGCUGCUGGCGUUUGGGGCGCUCGUCGUCCACCGCCUGGUGAAGAGCCGCCGGAGCGGAAAGAGGGCGGAGCCAGACGAGCCGGACUACGAGAAGCAGACGAGUCUGUGAAGGAAGGACGGAAGCCCCGACGGGCCAAUAAACCUCAGUUGCAGAAA